UUGUCAUUUCGCUUUCAUUCGUGCUUUUCGCUGAUGCGCAUCGCAAGGAUCGUGCGUCGCGUUUAUAGCGAAGCGGACCUUCAUAUUUCAAGUGUGUUUUUAAAUUUAGAUGGAUUCUCUCACAGUUAAAUACAUGUUUCUAAUAAAUAGAUUAAUCGUGAAACCAGUGUUAACAACUAUGACCGUGUGUAUAUCUUUAGUUUGCAUGGUUUCCAUGCAAUAGUGCAACAAGCGUUUUGAGUCGCAACGGGCCCUUGUAAACAGAAGAAAGGAUUUCGGCUACAAGAUGCCUACGGACUCUGAAUGCGAGUGUGAGACUGUUUCGAAGGAAUGGCUGCUGGCGAAGCUGCGGUCAGAUGAGAGAGAUACGGUGCUAAUCGACUGCCGGGGCUCCAACGAAUACGCGGUGUCGCACAUCCGGUCGGCGGUAAACUUCUCCAUCCCGAGCAUCAUGCUGCGACGGCUGGCCGCGGGCAAGAUCGAGCUGGCGUCGACGGUGCAGUGCAAGGAGCUGAAGGCGCGUAUCGUGGCGUGCCGCGCGCGGGGCACGUUCGUGCUGUACGGGGACGGCGCGCCGCGGGACCCGGACACGGUGCACGGCAUCCUGCUGCGCCGCCUCAAGCAGGACGGCGUGCAGGUCGUCUGCUUGCAAGGCGACUUCCCGGAGUUCCACCGAGCGUACCCGGAGUGGUGCAGCGAGGCGGGCGCGCAGCACGUGCCGCACCUGCCGCUCAUGGGGCUCAGGUCCCUCCGCAUCAGCGGGUCGGGCAGCUCGGAGACGCUGUCGUCGGGCUCGUCGUCCGAGUGCGAGGAGGCGCACGCGCACACGCACGCGCACGACUUCCCCGUCGAGAUCCUGCCCAACCUCUACCUCGGCAACUCCGCCAACAGCGAGGACAUCGACGCGCUCGCCAGGCACAACAUCAAGUACGUGCUGAACGUGACGCCGGACCUGCCCAACGCGUUCGAGGCGGCGGGCGGCGACAUCAGCUACCUGAAGAUCCCCAUCGCCGACCACUGGAGCCAGAACCUCGCCGUGCACUUCCCGCAGGCCAUACGGUUCAUUGAGGAGGCGAUGUCGGUGCGGUGCGGCGUGCUCGUGCACUGCGUGGCGGGCGUGUCGCGCUCGGUGACGGUGACGCUGGCGUACCUCAUGCAGCGCCACCGCCUGUGCCUGCGCGACGCCUUCGAGCUGGUGCGCGCGCGCAAGACCGACAUCGCGCCCAACUUCCACUUCAUGCGCCAGCUGCACGCCUUCGAGCGCGACCUCGGCCUGCACGAGCGCAGCGCCAGCCUGAGUAAGGUGCUGCAGGAGCUGGGCGUGCGUGAGCUGACGCCGCUGACGGACGAGAGCGGCGCCACGGUGGCGGCGGUGCCCUCGCCGUGCGGCUGCGCGGCGCCCACGGGCGUGUCGCCGGACUCGGGCAUCGAGUUCGACCGCUGGAGCGCCGCGCGCGACACGCCGCAAUGACAGUUCUUCACGCCGCCCGCCGCCUCCGCCUCCGCCACGGACCCGCCCGCGUGAGCGUCGCGGCGGCGGCUAGUGCGAUGCCGUGCCGGCCACGCGCCCACACUGUAGAAUGCACUUCCGAAUGUCAAAUAACUUAAUCGACCUAGUGCCACCUAUUAAUAUAUUGUAGCGGCGAGCGGCCGGUGUGGGGUGCGAGGUGUGAGUGUGCGGUGAGCCGAUUUUAUAAGUUUGAUAUCUGAUAGAUGCAUUCCCGAGUUAUCUUCCACUGUUAUGCAUUUUGAGUUCGUAUUUUUACUAUGAUGAUUAUGAUUUUCGUGAAAGUAUGGUUAUAGUUGUUGUCGCCGGAGGCCGCGUCCUCCGUGAGGAGCGGCCGCGGCGGUUCCUCGUCUGACCGAACGACUAUUUUGAUGUACCUAUACAAUGAAGCGUUUGAAUGGAUUUGAUAUUUGGUUGUUGACCGACGGCGAGAGGUGUUUUUGAUUGAGUUUUCAUUAUUUUACUAUAUAGAAGUUGUUAUUUCUAAUGACACAUCAGGGCUUCUCGAAACUCUUCCAUUGUUGUUGAUGUAAUAAACAUAACUAUAUGUAUUUGUAUGAGAGUCGCGGGUGUGCGUGUGAUAUAGUCUUAAUUAUCUACUUAUAUAUAAAUAUAUUUACAAAUUUUCGUAACACCGACCACUGCUGCCGAAGUUGUAGUUGUACUUUAAGAAAUUAGACUUUAGCGUUCACACUUUAUUUGUAAAAGUUAUUAUAACUUAAGAGUAUAUUUAUAGUCGAAUUGGGGGUGAAGUAUAGAAUAAAGGAUUAUUUUUCUAUCGAUCUUCUAAAAACUUUUUCAUCAUCUCGAAUAUGUAGUAGGUAGGAUCAUUAGUGAUGUGCGCGGCUGCGUCCGCCGGCGCGGCGCGGCACGGCGCGGCGAGUCGUGACGACGUGAUAGUUUCUUUUGUAAUUGUGAACAUGUUCAUUGGCAUUUAUUGUUUAUUCGCUAAUGAAUUAUAUUUUUCUAUAUGGUUGAAAUGAUUUUUUAUCAACUUUUAGUGUGUGUAAGUGGCAAGCUUUAAAAUUAAGUACCCGAGUUAACUGAAAGUAUAUUGUUAACAAAUUGUACAUUUGUUGUAGCCUAAGAUAGUGUUGAGCGCUUCCUCGACUCGAUGCCAACAGUAGACGCAGAUGAUAUUGUUUGAUAAGUCUUCGCAAUAAUGUUGUAAUUUGAUCAUAUGUUAUUGUUAUCUUAGAACGUAUUUUUCAGUAACCAAAUGUAACUAUUUUAUGAAUAUUCGAGCGUAUAAUUAUUUAGGGAAUAGAAUAUUCUAAAUAUUAACACCUUGGUUGCACUGUCAUUUUGGUUAUUAGAUAUCUUACAUUCAGUUUUAUAUGGCAAUAUUUACUCGUGCAAAUUAUUUUCAAACCUUGUAUGGCUAUAAUUUAAAUUCCAAUUUGUUCCUUGAUCUCUCCGUCCAUUGUUCAAUUUGUUGAAAGUAUAUUUAAUAACAUAAUAUUCAAAUUACCUGUGAACAGCGAUGAAUAAGUAUGGCUGAUAUAAAUAUUAUAGAUAGAUCAAAUUAUUUGUUAAGGUAUCACACGAUAGAAUUUUCUCAAUCGAGACUUCCUAUUAUAGCACUGCAUGUAAGAUAUCUAAUGGCCAAUGUUUUUAAAUAGUACCUUGUGCACAAAUCACUAAACCCUAAUCGUACGAGCACGCUGUGAGGGCUGCUCGCAGCCGCCUCUGUAAAUACUGUACCGGAACUCCUGUGGCCCGUUUCUCGAAAGGUACAA